AUGUCGAUCCGGAGCCGCCGUGGUGGGAACGACCUGAUCUAUGACGGCGGGUCGAAUGCGAGUGACGCGAUACCACGGAUGGGGCACUCUGGUUUGGUGCGAUGCGAUCGACGACUUGAGCCUGGGAUACCAUUGCGCGCGUGGAUUUCUUUGUUUAUGCUUCAUGUAGAUCGAAGUGAAAAUCCCGUUAGCAACGAGGAGAUUUCUUCUCCCGUGAUUUCUGCCGACGGUUUCGAUCACGACAUCAACACUGAGCCCUCUCGCUCACCCUCCCCCGACCCGCUUGCCCCGCGCGUCAAAAAACGUUCCGGCCGACAAACCGUCUCACGCAAAGCGCGCGGCGUCAUCGGAAAGGUUCGCGCUUUGCAGCGAAUCGCCGCUGCCAAAAUGGCGCAUCCGUCCAUCAAGAUCGACACCAGUGUCCAGAGCACUAAACGCGGCCUACCGGAUAGCGAUGCGGGAAUCGAUAUGUUAAAUGAGCAGGGGAAUCCCCGGUUGGAGACAGGGGAUACAGACGAUGUCCCACCGUUCCUGUGCCAAUCGGUGACAGAGAUUCACGACAAGUUUGAAGAUCUCGAGUGGAUACAGAGGACGCGGAUUUCGGAUGGUAUGGUGUCUAAUGACCCUACUCAUCCGUAUGCAAUAGAAACCGACCCGAAAGUCAAGGCGAGGAAUCGAUACCUAAAUGUGCAGGCCUAUGCGAAUUAUCGCAUUCAUCUGCAGGUUCCCGAGGGCGAAUGCGAUUUCAUCAAUGCAUCUCCGAUUAUCCUGAGGGACUCGGUGACGCAUGAGGAACUGAAAUACAUUGCGACGCAGGGACCCAAGCUUGGACAGCUUUCACACUUUUGGCAUAUGGUCUUUCAUGAGAGCAAGGAGGUGGGCGUCAUUAUUAUGCUCACUCAGACAGUCGAAGCAGGUCGGGAGAAAUGCGCCCAGUAUUUCCCGCUGCAUCAAGAUCAACCGUCGAUGGAUAUCUUACUCGAAGAGCCCUUCGAUGCCUAUAUGGGCGAUGAGUCUCAACCCGAUGACCAACCCGGCAUUCUGGGAAAAGUGACACUUUUGGAAUCCUUUUAUGACGAAAAAUCUUGCUCCGAAGUCCGCAAAUUAGAGUUGACUCUUGGUUCCGAGUCGAAGAUUGUUUGGCAUUUCUUGUUUGCGGGCUGGGCAGAUCAUUGCAAACCGGAGGGGCACGACCGCCAGGGUUUGUUGGAGCUCAUUAAGUUGUCUGCCUCUAAAUGCGACUCUGAAAGUCCACGAGUUGUGCACUGCAGUGCCGGUGUUGGCCGGACUGGAACCUUCAUCGCCCUCGACCAUCUCUUGCGUGAACUCGAAUCGGGCCAGCUACUGCAGGUAACCAAUACCGAGACCGAUCCAGUUUAUGAAUGCGUCAACCAAAUGCGUGAGCAGCGCAUGAUGAUGGUGUAUAAUGAACUGCAAAUGCAAUUCAUCUAUGAAGUCCUCCGCGAGCAAACCGACGUCAAGCUGGGCAAAUACCCCCAGGAGUCCCCCGAAAGCCCGCAUGAGCCACGCUCUGCCAAGCUUCGCAAAUUGAGUGACCCUUCAGCUUAUGUACCGCCGUCGAAGCCCGAGCUGGAGCCCGUCGUGGACCGAAUUCAGACUCCAACGCGAAGCUGGUCUGGGACUCCCGAGGUCUCUGAUGAAGAGUAG